ACAUUGUCCGAGUCUCCACGUGUCCCGCGUGCGCUCUGUGUAUGCUCUUGUAUAAAUUCGCGUUAUUAUUUCAAAUUCAUUCAUUUGUGCUUCUUGCCUUGACCAUGCUGCAUAGCCAUCAAUUUAUUUUCCUGCUCUGGUUGCUCGCUGCACUGCUCAGCGAUGUCAAUGGCCUGCCCUUUUCGUUUAAUUGGGGACCCUCUGCGAACCGGGGACCCAGCGGCGGACCAGCCUGGAACGGUGGAAGCGAUCAGUCAACCGAUAAUAUAAUUCUACAUUCAAACGGCAAAUGGCGCUACUAGUUGACUUUGGACCUGAUUAAUGAUAUGAUCCAAUUAAAUAUAUAUUUUUUAAUUGCUUAA